AUGAUUGAUAUGGAAGAUGAAUAUGCACCUCGAGGAAGAGGAAGACGUAGAGUUGAGAAAAUGACAAAUCUCCACCAUUAUCGAGUUGAGCUUUUUUAUACUGUGAUUGACAUGCAGGCUUUAGAGUUAAAUCAACGUUUUGAUGAAGUCAACACAGAAUUGAUUUUAUGCAUGUCAUGUUUGGAUCCUAGAGACUCAUUUGCUGGAUUUGAUAUUGAAAAGCUAGUUCGACUUGCAAAGUUUUAUCCGUCUGAAUUUUCUGAAGUUGCUUUGUAUGAACUUGAAAGUCAGCUUGAGAACUUUAUUGUCGAUGUGCGCAUGGAUGAAAAGUUCUUAGAACUAUCAGGGAUUGGAGAUCUUGCUGAGAAGAUGGUUUCUACAAGGAAACAUGACAUUUUUCCAUUGGUGUAUUUGUUAGUUAAGUUAUCAUUGACUUUACCAGUUGCUACUGCUACAGUUGAAAGAGCCUUUUCAGCAAUGAAGAUCAUCAAUAGUGUUCUUCGCAAUCGUAUGGGAGACAAUCUUUUGAACGACUGCUUAGUACCUUACAUCGAAAAGGAUGUGUUUGUAAAUGUUACUAAUGAAGCUAUUAUGCAGAGGUUUCAGAACAUGAAAAACAGGAGAGAAAUGUUAUGA